AAAAAAAAAAGAAAGAAAGAAAGAAAGAAAAGAAAAAGAGGGUCCAACUUGCAGCCCCUGAGCGCCCACCUGUGGUCGGUCCGUUGCUUCAGACCAUUCAGUGCCCAGAUAUUUCUGGAAAGCCACGUCUGCAGGCCAGACACCGCCAAGAGCAACCGUUGUACUCAUUUUGUAAAUUUUCCAUCCUGCCGCCCCAGCCUCCGCGGGACCCAAACCGCAAGCCGGUGGUGCCUCUUGUGUCAGGGCAGCUGGUGACAGUUAGAUGUAAUUUGUUGAUUAAUCACCCGUGUUGCUCAGCAGUCCUGCCUGGCUGUGUUCCCUGGGGGCUGUCCAGUGGCCACAGGGGACAGACCCGAAAUUACAACACAUGUGGCUGCGAAGGAACUGCUUGGUGGAUGGUCAGACCACACAGAGCCCGGACGAGGACCCCUCCAGGAUGCAGGUCCCCAACAGCACCGGCCCGGACAACGCGACGCUGCAGAUGCUCCGGAACCCGACGAUCGCGGUGGCCCUGCCCGUGGUGUACUCGCUGGUGGUGCUGGUCAGCAUCCCGGGUAACCUUUUUUCCCUGUGGGUCCUGUGCCGUCGCAUCGGGCCCAAAUCCCCGUCGGUCAUCUUCAUGAUCAACCUGAGCGUCACGGACCUGAUGCUGGCCAGCGUGCUGCCUUUCCAAAUCUACUACCACUGCAACCGCAACCACUGGGUGUUCGGGGUGCUGCUGUGCAACGUGGUGACCGUGGCCUUUUACGCCAACAUGUACUCCAGCAUCCUCACGAUGACCUGCAUCAGCGUGGAACGCUUCCUGGGGGUCCUGUACCCGCUCAGCUCCAAGCGCUGGCGCCGGCGUCGUUACGCGGUGGCCGCGUGCGCCGGGACCUGGCUGUUGCUGCUGACCGCCCUGUCCCCGCUGGCGCGCACCGACCUCACCUACCCGGUGCACGCCCUGGGCAUCGUCACCUGCUUCGAUGUGCUCAAGUGGACCAUGCUCCCCAGCGUGGCCAUGUGGGCCGUGUUCCUCUUCACCAUCUUCAUCCUGCUGUUCCUCAUCCCCUUCGUGGUCACCGUGGCCUGUUACACGGCCACCAUCCUCAAGCUGUUACGCACGGAGGAGGCGCACGGCCGGGAGCAGCGGAGGCGCGCGGUGGGCCUGGCCGUGGUGGUCCUGCUGGCCUUUGUCACCUGCUUCGCCCCCAACAACUUCGUGCUCCUGGCGCACAUCGUGGGUCGCCUGUUCUAUGGCAAGAGUUACUACCACGUCUACAAGCUCACGCUGUGUCUCAGCUGCCUCAACAACUGUCUGGACCCGUUUGUGUAUUACUUUGCCUCCCGGGAAUUCCAGCUGCGCCUGCGGGAAUAUUUGGGCUGCCGUGGGGUGUCCAAAGACCCCCUGGACCAGCGCCGCGAGAGCCUCUUCUCCGCCAGGACCACCUCCGUGCGCUCCGAGGCCGGUGCGCACCCCGAAGGGCUGGAGGGAGCCCCCGGGCCCGGCCUCAUGAGGCAGGAGAGCGAGUUCUGAGUUCCCCGGGGGUGCAGCUUGGAGAGCCGGGGACGCAUGGAGAGGCCACCGUGCCAGAGGUUCAGGGAGAACAGCUGCGUUUCUCCCAGGCACUGCAGAGGCACCGGUGAGGAAGGGUCUCCAGGUUUCACUGAGGGUGGAGAAACUAGCAAAGCCCAGCGGGGCACAGGGCGCUCUGUUACGCUGCAGAGGGGGCCUCUGCCUCUCUGUGCCAUGCACGAGACACUGUGUGCCACCAUGCCCGGCUAAUUUUUGUAUUUUUUUUAGUAGAGCCGGGGUGUCCACCCCCGAGCUCCUUAGACACCCCUCAUACCU